AUGGCCGCCUCUAUCGAUGCCCACGGUCUCAUGGCCACCAAUGGUUUCUUAUUCGGAUCACUCAGCUCAAGUUCUAGCGAGUCAGGCGAUCCGGAGGUCGACUCUCAGACCGCUCAAGAUAGCGGCAUUGAUGUUGGAGACAAGGCUUUUCGCUUCAUGAACCUGCCUGCCGAGCUUCGCAUGCGCAUCUACCGUGUCAUCAUCUCCCAACGAAGUCGAAUUGCUCUUGAUCCUCGCAACAUAUCUAAUCCAGGCGCGUUCGUCGGUACGAAAUCAUCCCGCCGAUUCAUCCCUCUCCUCAAAGUCUCCAAGACCGUUCACGCCGAAGUUAUCCCACUGCUGUAUGGCGAUAACACGUUCUGUCUGAUUCAGCCUCUGGUCAGCAACCGAGCCCUCUCAUUCAUUGGCAAUUUGGCCCUCGCCAGCCUCCAGAAACUUGAGGUUCGGGUCACUGAUGGUCUGGUCGAUCUGGGCGCCAUCUGGGAUACUCUGAAGAGCGACUGCAGCUCUCUGAGCCAGCUGAAGCUGGUCUUCUAUCACGACGAGGAGAACUGGAUGAAGACCCUGACUGACCUCGCACUUAUGCCGAAGCCGAAGCCCAAGCUUGACCUGCAGCUCUACACCAGCAUCUGGGCCGAGCCUACCGAGUCCGCCAUCUCCAUCCGUAAGAAUAUUGAUGACCAUUUUGUGGCUGCAGAACGCCGUCGCAAGAUCCUUCGCUAUGCUCCGUUGCCUAAGCUCGCUCUGAUCACCAUUGCGGCAUCGGUCCCUGGGACUGCUGCAUUUGCCCUUGUCACCUACAGCCGCGUUGGCAAAGGUUCUUUCGAGCCAAAGAUCGACAAGGAGAGCGAUAAGCGGACUUGUCUGCGCUGGAAGGAGGCUUGA